UGCAUGUUUUAUUUAUGUCAUGAGGUGUAAUAAAAUGCAUCAGAAAGCAUAACCAAAAUUUUAUUAGGUACAAUGUCAGAAAAGAGAGGAAAUUAAAGUAGAGACAUAAAAUUGAACCCUUUUGAACUAAAAGAUGGCGGAGAAUCCUCCUAGUGAGGGGACGCGAAAAUUGGAAGAGGAUGGAGGACCAGAAGAUUGCUACGAUUCUGAUGAUGAUCUUAUUAUGUAUGCGGACGGUCGCAAAAUGAGUAUCCAUCUUCAGAAAGAGUAUCACAGGCAAGUCAAGGAGAGCGAGGGUUUUGAUAUCACUCUGGAUUUGACUUUGGAUGCUGCUAUUGGGGCUCCAAUUAUUCCUCAACGGGGUAAGGAGAACAAACCCAAAUUUGUUGACCUCUCCCAGUUAGCCAUUGCAACUUUCAAUUCACAGAAUGCUACAAAAUACGAAUUUGUGAAAAAUGUGACUGUGAACACAUCAUAUGCUGCUGGGAUGUGGUGUUAUAUCACCUUUCAAGCCAGGGAUGCUGACGAUACCAUAAAGACCUUUCAAGCAUUGGCGUGGUGGGGAAUUGAUGGAGAUAGAGAUGUGAGAUUUUGCAGGUUUAAGAAAUCAUCCAAGUGUUGAAGGCGAUAAGAGAACUCCUGAUUCCGAUGUUGAGGUGAAAGCUACCUAGUGAGCUUGCCAUCUCUUUAAGCUCUUCUCAGUUGGUAGUUAUUAUUAAGAACGGUAAUUGAAAUUGGUGUAAUUACUAGGGUAGUAAUUACACAGUAUUGUAAUUACGACGACCUGUUUGUUUGUCAUAAUGUAAUUAUAAUAUAAUUAAAAGUGUA